AGUUUCCAAAAAACAUUAGGCAAAAACUUCCUACGGGACGAAAAGUGGGCCAAAGCUUUAGUGCACGUCAGAGCGAGAAUACAGCACAUACACACACAUACAGACACACACACACACACACAGACACACACACACAGACACCUUCACACACACACACACACACACACUGGACCAUCCAAACUCCUGAAACGUUUUUUCUGUCUGUUGUCAUCCCGCACGGAUUUACUUUCUCACCACGGAUUCGAAGGCGGAGAGCGCGUUUCCCCCCGUGCCCUUACAUUUCUUUAAACGAGAAAUGGAAGAGAGCUCGAGUUCACCCGUGUCUCCGGUGGACAGUCUCGGGACCAGCGAGGAGGAGCUGGACCGCCAGCAGCAGCAGCAGCAGCACCAGCACAGGCGCUUCGCCCGGAAGAGGAGACCGAGUAAAAAGUCGAGUGAGGAGGACAGCUCUGGCGGAAGUCCCGGCUCGGCUAAACGGAGCAAGAAGGCGAGUCCGAACCGAGCGCAGUCCUACGAGGAGCUGCAGAAUCAGCGCGUGCUGGCCAACGUGCGCGAGCGCCAGAGGACUCAGUCUCUGAACGAAGCGUUCGCGUCUCUGCGCAAGAUCAUCCCGACCCUGCCCUCCGACAAGCUGAGCAAGAUCCAGACGCUCAAGCUGGCAUCCCGCUACAUCGACUUCCUCUAUCAGGUGCUGCAGAGCGACGAGAUGGACAGCAAGAUGUCCAGCUGCAGCUACGUCGCGCACGAGAGACUCAGUUACGCCUUCUCGGUGUGGAGGAUGGAGGGAGCCUGGUCCAUGUCCGCCUCGCACUAGCGACCUCCAGCACAGCUGGACACCAAUCAUGCCACCUGGACUGUUUACUUCCACUAGUUCUGAAGACACCAAAGGAUUUAUCGAAGAACCCGUGAAGCUUCACGUCAUGAUGAAAGACACAACCUGUGCAACCUAACAUGCACCAUAGUGCGUUGAAGCCCAGAGUCCUAACUUCACAACUUAGCCCUAAAUGUCCUCAUGGUGUUAGUAAAGGAAAGCCAUCUUCUAUCUUUAAUGAAACUAUAUUUCCCCCUUGAAAUAGAAGAGUUUAUAUAUAUAUAUAUAUAUAUAUAGAUGUAUAUGUUUUUUUUUUUUGUAAAGUAUUGUACAUAAUGCUACCUGUGAGUUUGAUCAACUUUUAAGGGGGCCAAUAUGAUUUAGAGCAAUAGUUUUCUGCAUGGAUUACUGCCUUUUUUUUUUUUUUUUUUUUUUUUUUUUACAUUCAAAACAAACAAACCAAAAAAUGUUGUUCUAUGCAAGACUUUCAAUUUCCAUGCAUUGAAUUGUGCUUAUUUAUUAAAACAUAUUUUUUGAACAA